GGGGCCGCCCUGAGUGCCGCUCUCACGGCUGAAGUGGGUGGCAAGUGGGCGUCCGUGGCUGCUGCUCCACAGCGUUGGAAAGAUGGCGCCGCUGGCGACGGAACGGGGUCUGAAGAGCGUCGUGUGGCAGAAGAUAAAAGCAACUGUGCUUGAUGACUGCAAGAAAGAAGGCGAAUGGAAGAUAAUGCUUUUAGAUGAAUUUACUACUAAGCUUUUGGCAUCAUGUUGCAAAAUGACAGAUCUUCUAGAAGAGGGUAUAACUGUUGUGGAGAAUAUUUAUAAAAACCGUGAGCCUGUCAGACAAAUGAAAGCUCUUUAUUUUAUCUCUCCAACAUCAAAGUCUGUAGAUUGUUUCUUACGUGAUUUUGCAAGUAAAUCAGAGAACAAAUAUAAAGCAGCAUAUAUAUACUUCACUGACUUUUGCCCUGAUAGUCUCUUUAACAAAAUUAAGGCUUCUUGCUCCAAAUCAAUAAGAAGAUGCAAAGAAAUAAAUAUUUCCUUCAUCCCACAUGAAUCCCAGGUGUAUACGCUUGACGUACCAGAUGCAUUCUAUUACUGUUAUAGCCCAGACCCUGGAAAUGCCAGUGGAAAGGAUGCCGUCAUGGAAGCUAUGGCCGAGCGGAUAGUUACAGUGUGUGCCACCCUGGAUGAAAACCCUGGAGUAAGGUAUAAGAGUAAGCCUCUUGAUAAUGCCAGUAAGCUUGCACAGCUUGUUGAAAAAAAACUUGAAGACUACUACAAGAUUGAUGAAAAGAGCCUAAUAAAGGGUAAAACACAUUCCCAGCUCUUAAUAAUUGAUCGUGGCUUUGAUCCUGUGUCUACUGUCCUGCAUGAACUGACCUUUCAGGCAAUGGCAUAUGAUCUACUACCAAUUGAGAAUGAUACAUACAAAUAUAAAACAGAUGGAAAAGAAAAGGAGGCAGUCCUUGAAGAAGAAGAUGACCUCUGGGUCAGAAUUCGACAUCGGCAUAUAGCAGUUGUGUUAGAAGAAAUUCCCAAGCUUAUGAAGGAAAUUUCAUCAACAAAGAAAGCAACAGAAGGAAAGACAUCACUAAGUGCUCUUACCCAACUGAUGAAAAAGAUGCCCCAUUUCCGUAAACAGAUUACUAAGCAAGUUGUCCAUCUUAACCUAGCAGAAGAUUGCAUGAAUAAGUUCAAGCUUAACAUAGAAAAGCUCUGCAAAACUGAGCAGGACCUGGCACUUGGAACUGAUGCAGAAGGACAGAAGGUGAAAGAUUCCAUGCGUGUACUCCUCCCAGUUCUACUCAACAAAAAUCAUGAUAAUUGUGAUAAAAUAAGAGCAAUCCUUCUUUAUAUCUUCAGUAUUAAUGGCACUACGGAAGAAAAUUUGGACAGGUUGAUCCAGAAUGUAAAGAUAGAAAAUGAGAGUGACAUGAUUCGUAAUUGGAGUUACCUUGGUGUUCCCAUUGUUCCCCAAUCUCUACAAGGCAAACCAUUAAGAAAGGAUCGGUCUGCAGAAGAAACUUUUCAACUUUCUCGGUGGACACCUUUUAUCAAAGAUAUUAUGGAGGAUGCCAUUGAUAAUAGAUUAGAUUCAAAAGAAUGGCCAUAUUGUUCCCAGUGUCCAGCAGUGUGGAAUGGCUCAGGAGCUGUAAGUGCACGCCAGAAACCCAGAGCUAAUUAUUUAGAAGACCGGAAAAGUGGUUCAAAGCUGAUUAUUUUUGUAAUUGGAGGAAUUACAUACUCUGAAAUGCGAUGUGCUUAUGAAGUUUCUCAGGCACAUAAAUCCUGUGAAGUUAUUAUUGGUUCUACACAUAUUUUGACACCCAAAAAGCUGUUGGAUGAUAUAAAGAUGCUGAAUAAACCCAAGGACAAAGUCUCCUUUAUUAAGGAUGAAUAGCAUUUUUAUUGGUUAGAGAUUCUUACUAAUAUCUUCAACUAAAGCAGAACAAGAAAAUUGCUGUCACGUAAUUUAAACACUGUAAAUGUUUUAUAGAACAAUGCCUUUUCAAAUGUAUUUCCUAAGGGACUGUUUAUGAUUAUGUAUUAUUGGAUUUGCCAUUUUUAAUAAUUUAAAUAUUGUUGCUGCUUUGUUGAUGAUAAGAAGAAAUGUUAAAAUGCUUUCUAAAAAUGUUUUUUACUUUAACAGACUGUAUUAGGAUUGUGGGUAAUUGUUCAUAGCUACAUAUGUACAUACUAAUUGCUCAUUAAAUACUUAUCUAAGAAUUUCAUACCAAAGUAUAGUUUCUUGGGAAAGGAAAGAAUGAUUUUAAAUGAAGAGGUUAUAAAAGUAAAAACUGUAAAUGUGUAUGUAUGAUAGAACUAUUUCCUAUAAGUACAAUUUUCUUUUAAUCUUAAAUUUAUAAUUUCUUUUACAUAUAUGUAAAAUAAUAAAAUAAUCAUUAAUACAGUGAUUUCACAGUGUAUACUAUCUUGCUAGAUAUUUCUAAAAAACACAGCUUUAUAUAAUUUUGAAAUCAUGUAUGUUUAAAUUAGAAAACCAAAAAU